AUGACGCGGACACGGCAUGCAGCGGGGCGAACGUCGCUCCUCGCGGCGACACUCGCGCUCCUCGUCCUCCCUUCAUUCGUCUCGGCAGUCAAGUUCUCCCUCACGGCUCACCACAACCCGAAGCCAAAGUGCCUGUGGAACUAUGCCAUGAGCGACACGCUCGUCGUCAUCUCGGUCUCGUCGCCUGUUACCGGCAACGACUUGCAGCGGCUCGACAUGGAGGUCGUCGACGGCAGCUCGAGCAGGAACACGUACCAGGCCAAGCGGGGGCUCAAGGGAGAGACGCGGAUGGCCAUCACGACGCAUGCGGACGCAGACUUGGGCGUGUGCUUCCGCAACGUCCUGGAUCCUUCCGUUCCUGAGCACCAGGCCAACAAGUACGAGCGCCUGAUCGACCUCGACGUCGACAUUGGUGCCGAUGCGGUCGACUACAACGCCAUUGCCAAGCAAGAAUCCUUGUCAGGUCUCGAGGUCGAGAUGCGCAAGCUCGAGGGCGUCGUCAAGGAGAUUGUCGACGAGCUCAACUAUUUGAAGCGGCGCGAGAUGCGCAUGCGGGACACGAACGAGUCAACGAAUGCUCGCGUCAAGAACUUCUUCUACCUCACCUUCUCGACCCUCAUCCUCCUCGGCGUUUGGCAGGUUGUUCACCUGCGAAGCUACUUCAAGAAGAAGUACCUCAUCGACUGA